AUGUCUUCCAUUCUCAGAUGCUGUUGGAAUUCUAGCAAAGCUAUCAGAUUGUGUAUUGCAGCAAAAGGCGGUAACAUUCAUGGCUACGAUGUUUUCGUUCCCGAGAACAACACCCUCUUCUACUCUCGGAGUGAGUUUAUGUUUGAUCCGGUGAAAUGGCCGAGAAACCAAGUGAUGAAGAUUUUCGUCGCAUUGCGGAAACAUACGGUGCCAUGA